AUGGUCAUUCAAGCCAUCCUGAAAACAACCGUUCUUGCUGCUGGUGCAAUAGCGGCAACCAUUUCCGCCAGGAACGAUGAUGGAACCAACAGUUUCCGUCUAUGGGCCAACAUGCUUUACCCCGAUUCUCCAGGCAAUGGGCCUAUUAUCCAGGGUUAUGAGCUCGGCUACGUCUCCGACGCCGCAUGUCAAGCCACCGUGAUCCUGGUACCCGAGAGUCAAGGAAGCAUGUUCUAUGCCAAUAAUAAUACCCUUGGCGUUGACUUUGGCGGCGACUCAUCCUCCUUUUCCGGCAUGGUGGUGCCCUGGCGCGGGCCUGCGAUGGUACCUAGCGGUAGACCAGUGGAGCUCAAGUGCGAAGACGGUACACAAGGUCUCACCCUCAACGAAAACGGGGUAUACUAUCCCGGGGAAAUGGGUCCAGAUUUUAAUGGUGCAUUCAUGGUGUGCGAGAAUGGAGCUGAACCGUUUUUAAGCUUCUAUGGUUGGGGUCAGAGGCCUCUAUGGGGCUGCACUGUAAUUCAGCUUCUGCCUAUCUACUAA